GCCCAAUUGAGUGUGACACACAAAACAAAAAAGUUUCAGCCGCUGAGAAAACAAACUAACGCUAAAUUACUUGUUGAUUGCCACGUUUGUUUUUAGGUGUGUGGAGAGACGAGUGAAGAGGUGGAAAAUGUCUGAGCUCAGUGAUGAAGCCAGUGAAUCAGAGCAACUAGGUGCCAGCCUCUCCCUGUGGCUGGGUGACUCCCUGGUGCGGCCCGAGGAGCUGGACGUCCCUCUGGACCUCCACACCGCCUGCUCCAUCGGCCAGUACGACGUGGUGGCAGAGUGCAUCAAAAAACGUGAAGUGGAUCUGAAUGGAAAGAACAUUGGAGGAUGGACCCCACUGAUGUAUGCGUCCUACAUCGGCCAUGACAACAUUGCAAAUCUCCUGCUGGAGGCGGGUGUGAAUGUAAAUGCUACCACUGCCAAAGGAUUGACCCCAUUGAUACUGGCAGCAAGCUGUGGGAACGAAAGUAUCGCAUACUUUCUGCUUCAGCAAGGUGCUGAGUUGGAGCUGAAGGACUCUCGAGGAUGGACCGCUCUGUUCCACUGCACGAGCACGGGCCACCAGCAGAUGGUCCGGUUCCUGCUGGAUAACAACGCUGACGCCAGUGUCAAGGAGCCAGGGUCUGGCUUCACUACCCUGAUGGAGGCUGCUGCUUCUGGACAUGAAAUCAUUGUUCAGUACCUGCUUGAUCACAAAGUUAAAAUAGAUGACCGCAACGCUAAAGGAGAGACGGCCCGUGCCCUCGCCAUGCUGUACGGCUAUACCAAGAUCGUCAGCCUUAUUGACUCGCGCUCCCCAAGGAUCAAACCAGGACACUUUGAAGACCUGAGCUCAUCUGAGGACUCGGACAGUGCACCCCCGCGGAUAAGGCCGAGCCGAAACCGAGCUAAAGGCGUUAGCAUCCACGACGGGCCCCAGGCCAUCGACAAGUUCCGAGUAGAAGGCACCAGCAAACUGUGUGAGCCUCCUGCAGCGCCGCCUGGCCACAUGGCGUUUCGUGAUAUCGGUGAACAGAGUGAGGGAAUGCGCUACCGCGACGUGACCUCGCCCAUCAACGAGCUGGACGGCCAAAGCAACAGCAGCAGAGAUGACAGUCCAUUCUUUGACAACGACAUGCCCACCAUGAAGAGCAGCAGCAGCAGCGAGGGUCUGCCCCAGGUGAUCGACCUCAGCUGGGAGGGCUCAGUGGAGAGUAACGAGGACUCUGACCAGAGCAAAAAGAGCAUCUCCCGCAGAGUAAAUAAGAGCCAUCACUCAAAAGGCAAGAGUCGCCAUGGAAACAACGAUACAGGAAACUGUGGGAUGAUCCCACAUAUCAGUCUUCCUCCCUCCUACACUGGUCCAAAGGAUCUGACAGAGUUCCUGGAACAAAUCGGCUUCUCGAAGUAUCUCCCCGUACUUGAGGAACAAGACAUCGACCUGCGGAUAUUCCUCACCCUGACUGAAAACGAUCUCAAAGAAAUAGGGAUCACAUUGUUUGGACCCAAGCGUAGGAUGGCCUCGGCUAUUGCAAGGUGGCACAGCAGUGCUCGACCACCGGGCGACGCUCUGGAACAGGCUUACGCUGACAAGCUGGAAGCUGAGAUGCAGGAGAUGGCCAUCCAGCUACACAAACACUGUGAGGAGGCGGAGAGCCUGCAGAGCCAGGUGUCUCAGGAGAAGGAGCUGCGUACCGUGAUGGAGGGAUGUCUGAUGGAGGACAAGAUGGCAUGGAGGAGGGUCCACGCGGAGCUGGUAGAGAACCACCGGCUGACUCAGGACAUGAACGCCACACAGGCCAAGUCCAAGGCCUGCAGCGCUGACCUGCUCUCCUGCUUCACAUCAGAGGGGAAUAGCAGCUCUGGCGUGGAUGAUCAAACAAAAGCCGCAGAUGGUCUGACUCGCUCCAGUGUUGCAGAGCUGCUACAGAAGCUGGAUUCCUACGAAGAAGAACUGUCGGGGACCCUGCAAACUGUGCUCCAGAGUCUGAGGCGACUGAGUGCCCCGGAAAAAGUGUCAGAUAGCUGGGAGCGGCCUUAAACUUUGACAGAGGCUUUUUUUUUUUUUUUUUUAAACCAAUAUUCGACGGAGGGUGAUCUAACCACCCUGAAAUGAGAGAAGGCCAAAGACGAGGCCGGACCAGAGCGGCUCGGAGAGGGAAUCAGCUGACCUGCUGCUCUCCGGGAUUGGCGGAUGGACCAGAGCUCGCCAGAUGUGGACAAGUCCAAGGGUGACGGCAGCUACUGCAGGGAAAUGACAAACCUGAGCUGUUGUAAGACUCGAGGAGGAG